AGCCGUCCUCCCGCCACAUGGCCCUCGCUGAGACAUCAAAUGAGGGAGAUAAGGAAUGAUUUGGUGGGGAGGGACUGCCACACACCUGGGGUGCAUUGGCUCAGGUUCACCAGCACGAGCAGAGCUGCCUCUGCCACCGAGGUGGGAUCCUGCCAGGUGCCUGGGCUGUCACCAGGAGCACAUCCCAGCAUUCCUGGGAGUAAAACCAAGCAAGAGUAGUACCCAGGCCUAAAUUGCUGCCAUUAAGUGAAGUUUUCCCGUGCUCCCUUCCCUGAUUUCUUGCCCAAAAAAAUCCCCAUUUCCCUGGGCUGACACAGAUUACGCGUCAGUUGGUUUCGCUCUUGGUUUGCUCGGUGAAACAUCAGUGUGUUACUGAGAACAGCAGGGAUGCCUUUAUGUCUUUUAAAGAUGAAGAGCAUCCCUCCACUGCCCUUUUAACCCAAAAGAAUCCCCAGAAAGCUCAAGGCGGCUUUGGGGGUGCUCACGGUGUGCUUUGAGCUGUGGUGCUGCUGCAGAGCCGGGGAUCCUGCUGGGUUUUGGAUGUUUCUGACAGCAAGUGCCCCUGGCCAAGCUGGCCGUGUUUCGGGUCCCUGGCUAAUGCGAUGUGACAGUAAGUGCUGCUGCAAACAGCAGCAGCUUUGGGGAGGGGCGGCCACACUCCCCUGGCUGUGUGGGGACAUGUGGGGUGAGGGAGAAGGGCUCUUGGCUAAGGGUUCACCUGCUGCUUUGCCCUCCCAUCCGUGGAGCAGUUUUGUCCCUUCAGGGUCUGGGCACAGCCGAGUGCUGAAAGAGGGCAGGGACAAGCAGCCGCUGAUGGUCCCAGCUCCGCCUGGGGCACUGUUGGCCAGGCUCCCAAAACCCUGGUUUGGCAUCAGUGCCAGAAAUGAUCCAGGGCAUGGGAUCCCAAUUCUCCCCCUUGUCCUGGUCAUGCUCCUUGGAUGUCCCAUGGCCAUUGCCAAAGCCACUGUCACUGGCCCCUCUCUUCCAGGUGUGCAGCACUUACGAGACAGUCCCAUGCCGAGCGCUGGGGAUGGUGCUCAGGCUGGGGACAUCCUGCAGAAGCUGAAGGGACAGCCACUCAUCUUCCGCCUGCUCCGGUGGCGGUGGCACGACGGGCAGGUCUAUGAGCCACUGCUGCCCUACCUGAAGGUCCUGAAGGAGAAGGAGCCCCAUUUCCAGCUCCAGCACAGCCCCCGGCACAGGGGCGAGGGGGAGCCACGGCAGCUGCGGGGGGGCAGGCUGCUCUACAACCUGCAGUACCUGGGCCAGACCAGCAUUGGGACGUAUGGUGGCAAAGAGGUGCUGGAGCAGGCCAUCCCUGCAGUGCUGGAGGGGCACUUGGCAGUGCAGGAGGUUUUAUUUGAUGUGAAGGAGGCAGAAGUCCUGGUGCAGGAGAAAGCGUCUUCCAAGCUCCUGUGCCGCCAUCCCUACCCCACCAUCUCCUGCGUGGGACGCUGCACGUGGAGCAGCAGGAUAUUCGCCUUCUGUGUGGCCUCUUCCCCGGAGAGCCCUGACGGGAGCACGUUCGACUGCCUGGUGUUUGCAUCGAGUUCUGAGCAAGAAUGCGAGGAAAUCGUCGGGAGAAUCGCUGCAGGAUUUAAGCACACGGAGUGGUUUGUCUGAGGAAGGAGAACCUCAUGACGAGGCACUGGUGUCCCAGCCUCCCCCAGCAGCACAUGAGGGAUGCAGGCCCCGGCUCUCAGAGCAGGAUUUGGGAUGGUUUUCACACCAGUGUCACACCAUCCUGGUGGGACAAUCACGGGUGGUCACCGCUGACUUACAGCAGACACGGGUAGGAACUGCUGCUGCUCUUCCCUCUGAAGUGCCACUGCACUUUAAUUUCGUUGGAAUAAAUCAAGCCAAGCUGGCUCAACUGC